AUGCAUUCCAUCUGCUGGAUUCUUCCUGCGACAGACACACCCGAGCGUCGCCUUUGUUUCCUGCGAGAUAUGCUGCAUCGCCAGACCUUAGAUACGCAUCUGUUCGUGACAGAUUGCCUAGAUUGGAGGCCCUUCUUCCCCACCGCGACAAUUACGCACAUCCUCCAACAGUAUUGCGUUUACUUUCACCACGAGCGUGUCCUCCUCGGCGCCACACCUGAAGGUUUUCUGAGUGUCGUACUCCGCACCGGAGGUGUUCGACUUGGAACUUCUGCCAAUGAGGAGAUGCUCCGCGAAAUCUUCACAAUUGUAUAUGCGGCGUGGCUUAAUCAGCCAUCCAACACCACAACGACCCAGAGCGAAGGCGAGAUCGCCGUGGUGAGAUACAUGGCUGAUGCUGAUGUCUCCAAUUCGGUGUACCCAUCGUGGCUGAGAAAGCCAUACGACGAUUUACCAACGAUACUAAGCGAGGAUGAUAUUGCAUUGCGUAGCAACAUCCACGCCCAGGAGAUUGUGGCAAACGCAGCACCGCGGGCGAUGUGGGAUGCGCCCCUGCCUUUGGCCGAUGGCGCGCCGAGAAGUCCUUGGUUCCUUUGUUGGGACGAUCGGCACGAGGAGGCGACUAAGCUUCUAACGUACCUCGUCGGCGAACCGGUCGUGACGUUCUUGGACGAAUAUCUUCUGGAUUUCCACCUGGGUAACUUCCACCGGUUGCACUUGCUGUGCACAGUCGACAUUCGCGCAUACAUCCGCCAUGUUCUAGUCCUCGGAUAUGUGCCAACACCUGGCUUCGAAAGACGCCCGGAGGUUCUGAUCAACUGUUUCCAACGAUACUACCAGCGUUGGUCGGGCCUUACGGCGCCUUCUGUUCAGUUGACGCCAUCGGCUACGCCUGACAUGAGCUUGCCGUUCUCAUUCAUGGUCGAGGAGUGCUUGGACCGGCAUGGGCGCGGAGAAGGAUUGCUUUACCGCGAAGGGCGGGGACAGGGUGAUGCGUAG